CCCCACCCCCACCUCUGCAGCUGUCAUGGCGGCCUGGCGGUUAAGUUCCUGCGUUCGCAGCCUUUCGGCGGCGAUUCGAGGGCGCCAGACUACCCACCUUUGCUGGAAAUCGAGCUCUUCUAGGGCUGUGAUCGCUCAGCCUGCUGUGGUGGAAAAGAAGAAGAAGAAGAGAGAGCCGACCAUGGAGUGGAUGGAGGACCCAGACCCCGAGGACGAAAACCUCUACGCGACGAACCCAUACUACCAUGGUUAUGACGACGACCCCGAGGUGGACGACUGGAAUAUGCAAGCCGUCUUCUUCUUUGGUUUUUCCAUCGCCCUGGUCUUGGGCACCACCUUCGUGGCUUAUGCGCCCGACUACAAGAUGGCCGAGUGGGCCCAGCGGGAAGCUGAGAUGCUCGUGAAACACCGUGAGGCCAGUGGCCUCCCCAUCAUGGAAUCCAACUGUUUUGACCCCAGCAAGAUCCAGCUGCCGAUCGAUGACUGAUGAAUGACUGCGUGAGAUGUAAGAAGCACUACCUUGCCCCAACCCCCUGCCUGACUUCCUGCUCACUCCCCAGAGCACCUAUCAAAGGGAUUGAAAGAAAAAAAAAGAGUGUUCCAGCUAGGCCUGUCAAUUAUUUGGUCAAGGGACCACACCUCAGGAAGCCUGACUCACCCAAAACUAUGCUAAAGAGCUGGGAGGAAUAAUUUAUCCCCUUAAUGAGACAAUGAACUUUCCUUCCCAGAAAUCCUCCACUUUGUGGUCUGCCCACUUUCCUGAGUCCAAGCUUACAAAAACAUAAGCCGUUUCUUUCCUCCUCUUCUUUUGAAUACUUGCCAAUGCCUGGGCAUUUUCCCUUGAUGUUCUGGGCUCUCUUGUUCUUCCUUCGUACCUCCGCCUCCCUGCUUCAGUCACGGAGCUGCUCCGUCAACCUCUAUUACUAACCUUCAUGCCUAAAUCAAAAGGCAUGGCUUUCUCUUCUCCGUCUUUCUUCUGGCAUCUGCCAGGAUUUUCAGGUUGCUUGCCCUGCUAUUUUUCUUUUAAACUCUAAUAAAACCGUUCUUCAGGUUC